AUGAGCCGGCCGCAACCUUCCGCUAAGCCCGCAACCAACCACGGUCUUCCGCCGGUUAGGCCCGCUGCCCACCGCGUCCACGAGGAGCUCGAGCCCCUCCGCAGCCAGCACCUCCACCAGGCUUCCGCGAAAUCCAUCAGGUCCAACCCCCGCGGCAUUCAGCCCCCGGACAGCCGCACGGCACGCGUCCCUCGUGCAUUUCCCAGUAAGCGUGCGUUUCGCGCCUCACCGCCGUCCACCCUAACGGACAGCCGUUCGCGUCAACCUCCAGCUGCCGCAGGACGGCACCCCGGGCGGAAGCCUCCUCGCCCCACUACGCCCGUCCGCCUCGAGCGAAAACACCACGCGUCGGUUCGGAGGAAGACAUCCGCUCCCCUGCUCACCCCUCUCUCUCCCGCGCUCACGACCUCAGAGUGGCGAAGGUUCCUUAAAACCUGUAGCUUGCUAGGCACGCCUUCGGUGCUCUCUCCCCUCCCGCCCACUCCUCCGAGGCCGCGACCAACCAGUGCGGUUCGCCCCUCCCCCAUCAUCAUAUCGGACGACGCCGGUUAG